UGUUAGAUGGUACAAAUCGAUGAACACAAUCCGCUGGCACCAUAAAAUCGGCAGCAUGAAAUCAAAGAUCGCUGGUUUGGGAGAAAUUACUCAAAGAGACAUGGUGCUUACUCAGUACGGUUUUGUUGGAUUUAUAUACAAUGCGCCUAACAGUUUUGGAUUGUCCAAUACACUGGAAGAAAAUGAAGCAUUUAAUCAUUUCUGGCGCGUAAAUGCUUAUAUGUUAGGAAUCUCUGAUAGAUUUAAUCUGUGUCGCAAAAACGCUAAGGAGACUUCUGAAUUAUGUCAGAAGCUCAAACAACUUUAUGCGACUUAUUUAACAGAAGUUUCAUCUGAAUUUGAUGAAAUAACGACACACGCUUUAAAUGCCUUUUGGUACAUCGAUAUCACGGCGGAUAAAGAAUCUUUUAUGGCGUUCACUUAUAAAUUACAUGAUCUCCCAUAUAAAAAGCUUGGAUGGUAUAGUUGGUUAAUUACGAAAUAUCGUGAGACGAUGUUUUAUUUGUGUCUUGUACCUUAUAUCGGACCAGUAGCAAAAAUAUAUAAUUACUACUUGGUUACAUUUAUAAUUUGGAGUUCUAAAAACUUUCCUAUACUUGCCUGGAUAAAAUUUGGAAAAAAUAACGUUCGACUUAAUCUAUACCCUAAACACUAAUAGCUUUAAC